AUGCUUUCGGUCCUGACGUGCCUGUCUGCAGGCAUCCGGUACGCCACCGCCGAGCGCUUCAAGCCGGCCCAAGAGGUACGUACAGUACGGACUGGACCAUAUUACGGGGGCAGCCGAGAAGACGGGGGACUGUGUAUGGCGUGGCUUCAGGUAGUCUAUCAACAGCCGGAGUCAUUCAAUGUCGCCGAAAACAAAGGCAACGCGUGCAUCAGUGGGUGUGGUUUGACAGUCAACACUGACGCCAUCUGCGAGUCUCCCAACGGCGUGGAGAGUGAGGAUUGCCUCUUCCUUUCCAUCUGGCGGCCCACAGUUCUGACCGAGAUCAGGAGACAGAUCACGAUCGUCUUACACGGAGGCGGCUUCCUUGCCGGGAGCGGCAUGGCCGAUUUCUCGUAUGUCGAGGAGUUGGCACGACGAACAGGUCGGUCGGUCGGUCGGUCAGUGAUGAUAAAUGGUGGACCUGCGCUGACUCGUCGUGGAUUGAUUCAUUCAGGUGGCUUGGUGGUUUCCAUAAAUUACCGCCUGGGCAUCCUCGGGUGGCUGUCUUCGUUCACAAUCAAUCCCCGGCAAUGCCGGACUCACUGAUGUGUGGGCGGCUUUGGGAUGGCUCAAGAGAUACGCCACAGUAUGUAUAUGUGUCACUCGCCUCUCAACCACACGUCAUCACUCAUCCAGCUACCCAUCUACCCACCCACCCACCCACCCACCUACCUACCUGUCUGUCUGUCUGUCUGUCUGUUUGUCUAUCUGUUUGUCUAUCUAUUUGUGGGAUGGAUGCGCACCCCCUGAAUGCAGUACUUUGUGGGUGAGGUGUGCGAAGGUUCGGGGGGCGUUAGGAGACUGUGUCGCUUCGACGAAUUGACCAUAAAGAUCUGGGGCUUCAGUGCGGGAGCCAAGCUGGCAGCGGUGGGUGCGCAACCAACCAGUCCUGCCUACCUGAUUGAUUGAUUGGUUGAUUGAGCGCGCCGCGGUCUGUGUGUCUGUAUCUGUUUGCAGUGUCUGUUGACCAGCCCUGCGACACCGAUAUUUACGGGGCUACAGCUGGAGCAGAUAGACCGAGUGAUUCUGUCAAGUGGCAGCUGGGGCCUGCCACUUCGCGACUCCAAGCUCCUCAAAAUUCAGACGGAGACCAUUCUCAAAACACUCAAGUAAGUCACACACUGAGCGUGAUCUGUUCGUUGUCUGUGCGUUAUCUCUCGGUGGGGACAGGUGCAUCGGUUUGCUCGAGCACCUGCAGGUCGAUGAAGACAACGGCGCCUUCAUUGUACAAGAUAGUGUGAUCACGUGGCUCGAGGUAUGCAUAAAUGGCACACAGCAGGAACACUAG